AUGGUCCAAGGACGGCUUCCAACUCUGCCACCUUCAUUACCUUCGUUCGGCGUAACUGAGAAUUACUUAGUUGGAGAAAUCCCUGGCUCCUCAAUUUGCAAUAUGAGCUCCCUGGAAGAUCUCGACCUGUCUCAGAAUAAUUUUGAUGGAAUUAUUCCUGAAUGUCUUGGAAAUUUAAGUCAUUCUCUGUCAGUCAUGGAUCUAUUUAUGAAUAAUUUUCAUGGUGUAAUACCAGCUGGAAUAUUUCCUAAAGGCUGUUCGUUGAAAAGUUUCCGUAUCGACAGCAACCAAGUUGAAGGGCCAAUACCACAAUCUUUGGUUAAUUGCUUGGACUUAGAAAUUCUUGAUCUCGGGAACAAUGACUUAAAUGACACCUUUCCUAGCUGCUUGCCAAUCAAGAUUUUUGAAAAUUUGUAUGCUAUGAUCAAUGGGUCUGAAAGGAAAGGGCUGGAGAGGCAGUUCCUGAAAAUUUUAACCAUUUUAAUGGUUAUUGAUUUUUCAAAUAAUCGAUUCGACGGGCAGAUUCCUGAAAUACUUGGACAACUUCAUUCACUUGUUGUCCUAAACCUCUCUCACAAUGGUUUAACAGGUCCAAUCCCAUCAUCCUUUGGCAAUUUGUCAAUGCUCGAGUCAUUAGAUCUCUCAUCAAACAAGCUUCAAGGAAGAAUUCCGCAAGCGUUAAAAAAUCUUGGAUUCUUAGCGGUGUUAAACCUUUCUCAGAAUAAUCUUACGGGGCCCAUUCCUGGAGGCAAACAGUUUGAUACUUUCACAAAUGAUUCCUACAGUGGGAACUUGGAUUUAUAUGGAUUCCCUUUAUCAAAAAGCUGCGGUAAUAAUGAUCAGAAACAGCCUCCAACAAAAACUGAUAGAGAUGAUGCACUCAAUUGGAAAUUUUCUAUACUGAUGGGGUAUGGAUGUGGCCUGGUGUUUGGAUUGAGCACGGGAUACAUUGUAUUCACAACUGGAAAACCAUGGUGGUUCAUUAAGAUCAUUGAGCUCUGUCAACAAAAAUAUUUUGGAAGGAAAAUCCGGAGAAGUGGAGGAAGAAAAUAAUUCAGCUGAUUAAUGCUCUUAGUCUUAGGUGAGUUACAAUAGUUCUAAUAAAGUAACUGCUGUUUUUUUAUUACCAUACCUUUCUCUUUUCUUUUUUUUUUUGGCUAUUAGAUGGAAGGACUAAACCUCAAAUUUUCUCUGACAAGUUUUAACAAAUGUUUCCAGUUUGGUUGUGUGCCUCUUGCAAUAAGGAUACUCAGAAGGGAAGUUAAUUUCUUCCACAAACAGUUUUUCAAGCCUGGUGGAUUGUCAUCACCAAUUUCAGUUGUAGUAUUCGUAUCCUAUUCAUAAGAUUUUGGUUAUGGUAUGUAUUUUAGACUUCGAUAUAUUGAACUAUACGUGCUGUGUAGCAUAUAUUCUCCAACAUUUUCUUCAGCACUAUAUUAGCUUCAAUAUUAAUGCUCAAAUUUAGGAUCUGUAACACAAGCCUUGGUCUGAUGAAUAACUUGGGCAGGUAACAAGGCAAAGAUGAAACUCCUGUAUGAAACUUUUAUUAAAAUGCAUGGUGUUCUUCCAAAUAGAAACAGGACCUAGAUUAACAUUGAAGCACGCCAAAAGUACCCCCCAGAUAUCAAUAUGAUAAAUCCCCUCUUUUUCUUCAGACUAAUUCACAGACUUAGCCUGCAGGUAAUUAUUGCAUUACAUAUGUUGAAUAUUUGAUAGAUGCUUAGUUCAUUAAUUGACAUAAUACAACAAAUUUACUACCAGAAUUAGUGGAUAACAAAUUUCAAUGGGAACAACUUAACAGAUAUGCUUCCUAUCGAUGACCCCUUCUUUAGAAUUUACUACCAGAAUCAGUGAAUAACCAAAAGAUAAGCUAUGUAGAUCCGUCCUUGAGCCUAUGAAACCCUCUAAACUUUCAUUUUUAUUUUUUAAUUUAAGUCAUGCCAAUUUAAGGGAUUUUGAAUUGUGUAGAAACCUGUUUUGUCCGAGAAAAAUUGCCUGUUAUU